ACUAGUAAUUGCAAUCUUGUUCAGAGCUGAGACUUCAAAUUGGACAUUUGAGACACAAUUGCUAUAUAUAUGCCUUUCUCCCUCCUCAUUUUCGUAACAUUCCUCUUGGAAAGAGUAAUCUCUUCUUCCUUCUUGGUUGCUUGAGAAAUAGCCCAGAUCAAGAAAUAGGCAGAGAAGAGAAGGAACAGAGCGAAAAAGAAAAAGAAGAUGUCAUCUUCAAUUGUGAAAUAUGCUUCUCAGGAAACUAACAGCACCCAUGAAGAUAAUAAAGAGCGGAUUGAUUUGCUACAUGGGUCUGAUCUAACGGCUCCUAAUCUGUCUCUCCCAGCUGAAACCUUACUCCAAGCAGCCAUUUCUUUGAAGGAUAAGGUGGUGCAAGUCACAUGGCGAGGACAAUGGAACGAUUAUGGCAAUACGGAUCCAACUGUGUAUACGGGUUUGCUGGGAACAGCUUUCACCUGCUUGCGGGCGUAUGAGGCUACUGGUAGUCUUCAGGACUUGAGCUUAUGCACUGAGAUUGUUGAUACUUGUGCUUCCAUUGCUCGUUCCUCCACCAGGCACUUGACUUUUCUGUGUGGGAGAGGAGGGGUCUAUGCUCUUGGUGCCGUGGCUGCAAAUUAUUGUGGGGACCAGCAAAAACGUGACUUAUAUAUGGACAGAUUUUUUGAGGUGGCACAAGAAAGAGCCCUGCCUGUUGGACCCGAGGAAGGUGGAUUUGGAAUGUCAUAUGAUCUACUCUAUGGACGUGCUGGUUUCCUGUGGACUGCUUUGUUCAUAAACAAGCACUUGGGAGCAGAAGCAGUCCCUAGUGAUCUUCUUAUGCCAGUUGUUGAAGCUGUGCUAGCAGGGGGCAGGGCAGGUGCUUCUGAUAAUACGGCCUGCCCAUUGAUGUAUAGAUGGCAUGGAACAAGGUAUUGGGGUGCAGCCCAUGGCCUUGCAGGGAUAUUGCAUGUGUUACUUCACUUCCAAGCCCUUUCUGCAGAUGAUAUUGAAGACGUGAAAGGGACCUUAAGAUACAUGAUGAGCAAUAGAUUCCCUCGUAGUGGGAAUUACCCUGUAAGUGAAGGGAACCCAAGGGACAAGCUGGUUCAGUGGUCUCAUGGUGCAACUGGCAUUGGUAUCACCCUUUGCAAAGCAUCAGAGGUGUUACCAAAUGACCGGGAAUUCCGUGAUGCUGCCAUUGAGGCUGGGGAAGUUGUGUGGAAGAGUGGGUUUGUCCAGAAGGUAGGUCUUGCCGAUGGUGCUGCUGGGAAUGCUUAUGCUUUUCUCUCCCUCUAUCGUCUGACUGGAGAAAGCAUAUAUGAAGAUAGAGCAAAGGCAUUUGCAAGCUGCUUGUAUCAUGAUCAAAGAAAUGCGCCAACUUCAAGUCCUUCUACUGGAGCAGAUCAUGCCUAUUCUCUUUUCCAAGGACUAGCUGGGGUUGCUUGCCUAUGGUUUGAUUUGCUUGCACCUGAGAAGUCCAAAUUUCCAGGUUAUGAGAUUUAGACUUUUUAGCUCAGAAGAGCUGGAAUGUGAAACGUAGUGUUGCUUACCCUGCAACUUCUACGUUCAGCCCGGCAGCGAUCUGAACAAUGGAGAGAACUCUAUAUUCUUGAAUAGACUACAUAUGAUACUAACUUCGUGUAUAUAAUAAGUUUAUAGCAUGACUCAAAACAUCGUGUGACCGGGAAAUCUCCUCAUCUUAUGUACAAUUAUGUCCUGGCAAACUUUCCCCCGCAUGAAACUUCCCAAUGCCAACGUAGCUUAACAACAAUCUUUACCAUGUUGUAUUGGUAGCUGUAACUCUGGAUUCGAUCUCGACCUCUCUCAAAAGGCCAUCACAUCUUUUUUGACAUGUUACUUAGAUGAUGGCUUUACUUAUUGUGAAUGCUACUCUUCUUAUAAAUUUGUUGCGUUGUCCGUGA